AUUGUUUGAACCAUUCAACUAAACAAUAUUUAAGAAUGGUAAGAACAGACCAACUCAUUGAGAUUGUAAAUUGCAUGGUCAUUGGUGAUUGCACUGACCCACUUCACCUUCCACUUUUUCUGAAACAAUAAGUUGUUCUGAUGGCCAAGCUUUUCUCAGCCCUUCUGCUAAUGCUUUUUUCACUGUUGGGUUUAUCCAGAUCAAUGGGUGCUGGGGUUUUCAGAGAAUACAUAGGUGCGUUGUAUAAUGGCGUCCAAUUUUCAGACAUGCCAAUCAAUUCGGACACACAGGUCGACUUCAUUCUUGCCUUUGCCAUCGACUACACCACAUCAAGCGAUCCCACAGACGGGAAGUUCAACAUUUUCUGGGAUAGCGAAAAUCUGACCCCGAGCGCCGUGCAGGCAAUAAAAUCCCAAAACCAGAAUGUUAGGGUUGCUCUCAGCUUAGGCGGGGACACCGUGGAAGGCGCCCCUGUCCAGUUCAAGCCAACUUCUGUGUCGUCGUGGGUGAGCAACGCCGUUUCUUCUCUCACCGACAUAAUCCAGGAAUACCAUCUCGACGGGAUUGACAUCGACUACGAGCAUUUCGACGAUUCAGAUGCCGAUACAUUUGCUUCCUGUAUUGGGCAGCUCAUAACUCAAUUGAAGCAGAACAACGUCAUCUCUUUUGCCUCCAUCGCUCCCUUCGACAAUGAAGAAGUGCAGACCCAUUACACUGCUCUCUGGAACCAGUACAGCAAUGUUAUCGAUUAUGUGAAUUUCCAAUUCUAUGCUUACGAUUCAAGCACAACCGUGUCCCAGUUUAUCGACUAUUUUAACGCUCAGGAAUCCCGUUACAGUGGUGGGAAAGUGUUGACUAGUUUCACUACCGGUGGCAGUGGAGGGCUUUCGCCUGCCAAUGGUUUCUUUGACGCUUGCCAAACACUGAAGGACUCUGGCAAGCUCCAAGGAAUCUUUGUGUGGUGUGCAGACAGUUCCAAAGCCAAUGGCAGCUUCCAGUACGAAACGCAAGCUCAGGCUCUUCUCCAGGGAUCCUGAUUUGAUCACCGCUUCCCAAUGCAUUUCGAAUCGUAAUUUUUAUUAUGUUGCAAUACUUUUUGUAAUAACGAAUGGGAAGAUGGCAUCUAUCCAUGGUGUGAACAGGCAUUUGAUAUGUAUAUUUGUAGUGCGCCCUUAAAGCAAGGGUAAUUUCUUAAUCCAAAUAAAGGAAGAAUAGUAUCUCCGUAUUGUCAAAUAAAGAAAAGUUUAGAGAGCA